GUAGUAGACACAAGCAAGUCAGGAAUACAUCCCCAACACUCUGUCAAGGGGCAUCAUAAAACAAAUCAAAUACCAGAGGAAAUGUAAUGUGAAGAAUUGGGGCUUGGAAUUAUAGUUAACCAUCUAAAAAGACUUGACUCCGUUACAACAAUGCCGACUAACAUUGUGAAAGUCCCUGAAGGGAAGGUCUCCUGUGAAACUUCAGAGGGUUCAGUGAUAAAUAUUCAUGUCAACCAAAGGUCUUUCCUAGAUGCCCUUUUUGAUGGAAUCAGAAGCCUGAGAAUCAUCAAAGUUCAAAAAUCAACCAGUAAAUCAACCCAUGGAGCACAGAGAGGACUUGGGGCCUCUCAGAUCACUUUGGGCUGUAUCUGUGUGAUGCUUGCUAUAAUCAUUUGCAUUGGACCUGAACUGCGCAUAUAUUGGAGUGGGACUCUCUUCUGGGUUGGAUUCCCGUUCAUAAUAUCUGGAGCCCUAAGUGUUGUAGCUGACCAACGCCGCACCUUCACUGUGAACCUUCUUUCAGGUCUUUCGCACACUGUUAGUAUUGGAGUUGCAGUGGCUGGUUUGGUGAUAUUGGCUGUUGAUCUUCAAAAUCUUCCAUGGUUUCGCAGUUGGGAAAACUACUGUGACACAUCUGAACAAAACUUUCAAUGGGAUUAUAGAACAACAGCACGCCCCAUCUCAGAUUAUCGGUUGCAACAAUGCAAGAGAGUAUUAAAUAUAUUCAUGAGAUUUUUUGGUGGAGUGCAGAUCAUGAUUUUGCUUCUCAUUAUCUGGGGCCUCUGUAUCUCGCUCUUUUCCCUUGGCUUCAGACUGAAGACUUGCUGUUGUGAACUGAGUUCCAAUACGGAGACUCUAAUGGAAGAUGAUGAUGAACCUCUGAUGAAGUCUCCUUGUAAAGAGCCUGAGAUCGUUUAGGGAGACCUGCACAUUUUCUGCCUUUUCUAAACCUUAUACUGCCCAACAAUAUAAAAUAGCAUUAAUGCUUUGCACACAUUAUAUACUAUGUUGUGAAAAUGAUUACUUACUUUUAAAUACAUCUGCACAUUAGCAUCA